AUGGAUCGUCAGAAGAAAUCGCAAGGCGACGAAGCCGCCAUCGACAAGGCAAUCACUUCGCGAUCGGUCGACCAGCAGGAUGUGCCGAUCAACGCGUCCGGACACGUCCAGGAGCUCAAGCGGAACUUCAGCCUCCUUUCACUCGCCGGAGUCGGCCUCGUCGUCGGCAACGUCUGGCCCGCCAUCGGGGGCUCCAUCCUCGUCGCAAUCUUCAACGGCGGCCCGCCCGGUGUCCUUUACGAGUUCAUUGCCGUUUCCGUCUGCUACUGGACCGUCGCCGCCAGUAUCGCCGAGCUCUCGAGCGCUAUUCCUUCGUCCGCCGGUGUCUAUCACUGGGCUUCCGUCACACCUGGCCCGAGAUGGGGACGCGUCGUCGGGUUCUUUGCCGGUUGGUGGAACUAUCUCGCUUGGAUUCUCGGCGCCGCGAGUAUGGCGUCCAUCUUCGGCAACACGGUCGUACAGAUGUACGCGCUCAACCAUGACGGAUUUGAGGCGAAGCCAUGGCACGUCUUCAUCGUUUACAUAAUCGCUACUUGGCUUGCGUGUGCAGUGGUCUGCCUCGCCAACAGCGCUCUGCCUCGGAUCAACGACUUCGGCGUGUUUGCAAUCAUUGCUGGCUUCUUCAUCACGAUUGUUACCGUAGCGGUCAUGCCCGGCCGGGGCGGGCGUCCGCCGCACGCAUCCUCUUCCUUUGUCUGGACCGAGUGGACCGCCGACAUCGGAUAUCCGGACGGCUUCGUGUUUCUGGCCGGCAUGCUCAACGGCGCCUUCAGUGUCGGCGCCGUUGACGCCACUACCCAUUUGGCGGAAGAGAUCCCCAACCCACAGCGCAACGUCCCCAUCGCCCUCGGCUUGCAAAUGAGUAUCGGCUUCACAACUGGCCUCUGCUACUUGGUUGCCAUCAUGUAUGCAAUCAACGACUACGAUGCACUGUUCAGCUCCCCUUACCCUAUCGCGGAAAUCUACCGGCAAGCGACUGGAUCUGCUGCCGGCGCUACCGGCUUGCUCGCUCUUGUCCUCAUUUGCAUUGGUCUUACUUUGAUGGGACUCUACAUCACUUGUGGCCGCACACUCUGGGCACUUGCCCGUGACGGUGCGAGUCCACGGGCUGACCUUAUGGGCCACGUUAGCCCUCGGCUGGGAAUGCCGAUGUGGUCUACGGUCUCUUCGGCAUUGCUGGUUACUGUUCUUGGUGCCAUCUAUGUCGGCAGUACCACUGCUUUCAACGCUUUCGUCGGCAGCUUCAUUCUUCUCUCAAGCAGCUCCUACCUCGCAGCUAUUCUCCCCAAUCUCCUGGCAGGAAGAAAGCGGGUGGCUUACGGGCCGUUCCAUAUGCGCGGAUGGGUCGGCUUCUCCAUCAACGGUGUUGCAUGCACUUACAUGCUGGUAUGGUUCGUCAUCUACAGUUUCCCUUCCACUCUUCCGACCAAUGCUCAAACUAUGAACUACGCCUGUUUGAUUUGGGGUGGUCUCACCAUCUUUGUUGGUUUAUGGUGGCUUGUUGGUGCCAGGAAGGGCUACCAAGGCCCAACAACGACUGGUGGUGUUGUCACAGAAGCACAAGUGGGUACGACUGCUUGA